AUGGAGCUGGGGCUUGCACCGCCGGACCACGCGGGCUCGUGCGGCAAGAGGGGGACGAAGGAGGCGUUCGGGAUCAACAAGGCCACGCUGCCACUCUUCCUGCGUGACGACGACGACGACGGUGACCACGGCAGCGGCGACGCCCGCGGCUGGGAAAUGAGCAACAAGGUUGCCUGCAAGUCGUGCAGGAAGAAGAGGCUGAUGGGGUGGCCGCCGGUGAAGAGCGCUUACCGCCCGCGCAGCCGCGGCAACGGACACGUGAAGGUGAAGAUGGAAGGGGUGGCCAUCGGGAGGAAGGUGGACCUGUCCCGCCACGCCUCCUACGACGAGCUCCACCACACGCUCCGCCUCAUGUUCCCCUCCUCCACUUCUCACCAAGGUGAUUCUGAUGUACGGGAGGAGCCGGACCGGCAUGGCUGCCGCCGUGGUCGCGCCCCAUACGCGGUCACCUAUGAGGACGUGGAUGGGGACUGGAUGCUAGUUGGAGACGCGCCGUGGCAGGACUUCACCAGGUCGGCCAAGCGGCUGAAGAUACUGCUCGUCUAA